GGGGGGGGCGCCCUGAGCAGGGAGGCCUGCGCGAAACGGGUGCUGGAAGCGCCAAGCCAUUUCCAUGCGAUUGCUUCAGGAAGAAGCGUUGGCUCCGCACGCCGCUCUGUGUCCCGGGAAGAGGGACGCGGUGGUCAUACCUACCAGUGCAGAGCAAGGCGCCACCGCUCCGUUCCUUUGAACGCGCUUAAGGGAGGGACACGGUCGGCUCCGCUUUCGCCCCAAGCCCGUCGGCUUCUCUUAGGCGGGGGAGAAGCAGCCCACACCCUGGCGGCUUGGGACUCUAUCCCAGGGCCCUGUGGGUGCUGCCAGCCUCUCUGUUGGGACAGUCGGUUGCAGGGAGAUGCAGUCGUUUCACGCAGGGGACUGAGCAGAGGCCCUUCCUCAAACGCUCUUCGUAAAGCGAGAAACGCGCGCGCGCGCGAGAAAGCGGCUCCCUUCCUGGGACUGCCGCGCCCAGGCUGUGGCAAGGGCCUCUCCCUCGGCAGCGCCUCGCGGCCUACACGUGAAAGCGGUUUCUUGGCUCGGAGUGGCAUGCUCCCCCCGUCCCAGCACCCGUCGCUCCAUGGACGGAGAUGCCUGCCCAAAGCUGAGCCUAAAUCCCUGAGAGAGCACCACAAACUGACCUGCACGAAAAAAGCCCGAAGCCUGGCCGUCUUUCGCGAAGAGACAGAGUCGCCCUCGCGGUUUGGGGCGGAAGCCGAAGGAAGCCUGCCUGCCGGGCCUCGGUUCGGGGGCCAGAUGAGAAGGCGGCUCCUUCCGUCGGCCUCAUCCAUGCAGUGCGCCAGGGCGUUGAAGGCGGCUCCUGCCAGGACAGUGACCGCGGGACCCCCCCAGCAGAGCACACACUCCAGGUCUGAAGGCCCGGGAGGAAUUCAGACAACCACCCCGCUUCUGUCAGCCGUCCGCCGGCAGUCGAUCCGGCCCCCACAGGAGCAAGCUUUAGGAGAGCGCUGUGCUGCACACCCGGCUCGCAAACAGGACUGGAGCGGGACGCCGGCCUGCAGGCAAACCUCUCUAGCGGCGCCCUGA